AUGUGCAUCUUUGCCUUCCAGUCGGUCGUUCUGGCAUGCGCCGGACUCGUUCUGGGCUCCGUCCAUCCCCCAGCUUAUGGCCAUCACCCACAACCCGCUUACGGUCAUCAUGCACCUGCUUACGGCCACCAGCAUGGUUACUGCGACCCAACGGUUGCCCCCGCAUGCGCUGAUAACUCCACACUCUCUUACUGCUUGGAAGACGCUGAGUAUCCCGAGUAUGAGAUCAAGGCUGCCAUCACUGCCGAUCACCUCUUCGCCAAGAAGUACGCUGACGUAGCCGACCUCAACACCGAGUUGUCUGUGGACCGACCAAACACCUUGGAUGAGGAAACUUACUUGUGCCCAUCAGAGACCGCUUACGUUAGGCCCCUUCGUGCUCAGAAUACCGAGGGAAAAUGGCGUGUCGUUGUAAACAAUAUCGAUGCCCAUUAUCAGACUUUCACUCAGACUACACGCAUCGAAGAGUGUCUCACUUCCGCUGAUGCAUGCCCUCUGGUGCCUGACUGUUACGAGUCCAAGUGUCUGCAGAAGUCCAUCUACCACCGCUUCCUUGUCUACAACCCCUAUGAUCAGUACUUCCCCUUCGCCAUCGAGACAUUCAAGCUUCCCGCCAGCUGUGCUUGUCUCUUAGGUGCCUACACAAUCGAUCAUUAA